AUGGCCAGGGAAGCUUCUGAUACGCCUCUAUCCGGUCCUGAACCGGCUAUUGCCAAAAUUGCUGCAUCAGAUGAGUCACCUACCAGUCGAACAUUCCCGUUUGCAGGUUUUGGAAAAUGCUACGUCACAGCAAAAGAAUGUCCUAACAAGAACGUAACGUUUUUCUUGUACACUCGAUCAACAGAAACGGAGCCACACCAACUCGAUGUUGGACGUCCCGAAACAGUUAAGCAAGCAGUCUUUGUAAAGGACAGACCAUUGAUUGUUAUAAUCCAUGGUUUUACGGGCCAUAAAGACUUUUCGCCCAAUCCAGAGAUUCGGCCUGCGUACUUUAAGCAUGCUGACUAUAACAUAAUAUCUGUUGAUUAUCAUCCGCUUGCACCAGAACCAUGUUACGUUCAGGCUGUUCAAAAUUUACCAACUGUGGGAAAUUGUACUGCUCAAUUAAUCGACUACUUAAUUCAAGAGAAAUUCUUCAAGUUGGACGACAUUCAUGUGAUAGGAUUUAGUCUCGGGGCACAGACUGCGGGCAUGGUCGCAGGUUUCAUCAAAUCUGGCAAAUUGAAGAGGAUAACCGGUUUGGAUCCAGCGAAACCACUAUUCAUAUUUGCCAACAACAAUCGCAAACUGGGACAAGAUGACGCUGAAUUUGUUGACGUUAUUCAUACGGAUGUUCUGCAAAGAGGCGUUCUAGCACCCUGUGGACACGCAGACUUUUAUGUAAACGGCGGUAUCGCGCAGCACGGAUGCGAAAAAGAAAAAUCGCCAGGAGGCUGCAAUCAUGACAGAGCACCAGCAUACUACGCGGAAUCCAUUAGUUCGAAGACAGGCUUUUGGGCCUAUAAAUGUAAAGAUUGGAUGCAAUGGGCAUUUGGCUUCUGUACGCCAAAAAGUUCAACGGAGCUAGCGCUUAUGGGAGCACAUGCUUCAAAAGAUGCACGAGGUAGUUAUUUCCUUGACGCAAAUAGUCAACCACCGUAUGCACAGGGAGUAUUCCGUGAGUUUAGUGAAGAGUGAUAGAAGAUAUGGGAGAUCGUGGAGAGGUCAUCGAUGUUUUGUACGGAAUUUUUCAAUUAAGAAAUGAUAAUUUAGACACAGAUCAUGUUUGAUAAAGUUGUGUAAACUUAGCACGGUUUUCAUUAAACAUUUAUCAGAAAAUAAACGGUCAUUGGGCGAGACGAC